AUGCUUGAACAAGAUUUCUACAUAGAUGUUGGCAUUGCAUCCAUAAUCCAGCCAAUACCUGACACAUCUAUUCUCCCAACAAGCUGGUUCCGUUUCCUACCGAAAACACAAAUUUUAGAGUUAGGAGAAACCCCACCAUACUGUCCAGAUUUCAUUGGGGUCAUCACCAAAAUCAAAGACUGUAUAAAAAAGGACGGAGAACCUUUUGUGUUGCUGGUCCUUGCUGAUCGAAAAAUGUACCAGAUGCCCUAA